UGGGUCAACAUUAGACAAAGUUUUAAAAGGUUCUAUAAGCAAACGGAGAAUAAGAAUAUCAGCAUGAUGUUGAGCUAUCUCAACAUGAAAUUUGAAGGCAGAGAACACUCAGGCUUGGAUGAUGCCAGAAAUUUAGUUGCUAUAGGGAAAAGAAUGCAUGAAGAAGGCUGUAUAUUUAAACCAAACUGCAAUUAUAGUUUUCGUAACAAUCAGGUUUAUUAUCAGACAAAUAAACAGAAAAGGAGGAGAUAGAUGGCGAACUUCCAACACUAAGUGCUGUUUUAUGAGAGCUCAUGGACUCUUCUGUUGCACAGUCUGACAAACAAAAAAGGAAAAUUUAUUUUGCCAAAAUCACUUUGACAGUUAAUUUAACUUUAAAUUUGGUGUUUUUCGAACCUUCUACAGUUUACAGAUUCAAAGGAAAUAGUAAAAUGCUAUUAACACGAGACUUAGCAGCAUCUAUAUCAGGAUACAUUUCGAUUGUGUUUUGGCUAAUUGUAUUCAUACCUCAAUUAGAAGAAAACUUUAAACGAAAAAGCGGCGAUGGCAUAUCAUUACCUUUUUUGAUAACUUGGCUUGUGGGAGAUUUUUUCAGUCUGGCUGGUGUGAUUAUGGAAAGACUGAUGUUUACUAUGUUUUUAUUGGCUCUCUGGUACACAAUUAGUGAUCUCGGCUUGAUUUGGCAAGUCAUUUACUACAAACACUGUAUUACGACCAAAAUAAAACACGAAGAGCUUGACGAAGCUAUAUCCCUCCUUCCACAAUCAGUAUUAAAGCAACGUCGUUCUAGUGUUGAAGCUACAGUACUUUCUAAACCAGAUACUAAUAGCCCGGAAAAAACAACAGCAUCAGCAACGAAAAACCUUCAAAAUUUAGAAGAGCCGUUUGUCAGUAGAACAGAUUCUUCAUUUGAGGAAGGCACUUCUUACUACGACAAUGACGAGAAUAUCUAUAAUGAUAAUUUUGCAAAUCAACCAAAAAUCAAACCCAUGUGCCUGAACACUGGCAUGUUCGCUAUACUGAUAGUUGUUACCUUGAUUUCAUGCUAUGGCUAUGAAGCAGCAAUUACUCAGCCUAUUGAUAAAACUAAAGGAUCAGAAAACACUAUUAAUGUUCUGCCACAGAUUUUUGGCUGGUUAAGUGCUAUUCUAUACAUCGGUAGUAGAAUUCCGCAGCUUGUGAAGAACUAUAAGGACCAAAGCACUGAAGGUUUGAGUGUUGGUAUGUUCGUGUGUGCAGUAUUUGGUAAUAUCUUUUACACUAUGUCUAUCUUCUUGAAGUCAACAGAAAGAAUAUAUAUCAUUAGAAACCUUUCUUGGAUCAUCGGAAGCGCUGGAACAAUAAUUUUUGAUAUCAUGAUCUUUUUGCAAUUUUACGCUUAUAAUCGUCGCAAAGUUGACUAAUGCAUGUAUAGUACAAUUUUUUUGUAAAUUUUGUAAUUGCUGGUAGCUCCUCCUUUAUACCUUCAUUUAAUGCCUGUACAUAAAACACUCUUCUCCCCCUCCUACCCCUCCAGAUCAGAUAUGGCCGUUCCUAAUUCCUAAAGCAAUAUAGCAAUAAAUAAACAGUUGCCGAGCAUGAUUAGAGUUUUCUAGCCCGAUAUUAUACUGUCAUUUACAUUUCUUUACCUACCAGUAAAUAAACUAGUUACAAGUGCUCAUUCUUUCAAAUUGCGACCAGAAUCUUAGUCAGAAAAGAAGUGAAGCCUAGUGCUUUUAUUCUCUU